AUGUUCUUCGCUUAUAAACGACCUAUUCUGGAUUCCUUUGAAAACAAGUUAAUGCUGUCAUCCCUUGGCGUUACGUUUGUCAAUUUUGGAAUAGGAGCUGUCAGUCGAAUCCCAAAAGAAGGCCUUCCUUCCUCAAUCAACCCAUACCUUGACAACAUCAUUUUCAAUGUACUUGUGUUUGGAGCAAAUUCUCUUGUCAUUGGACUUCUUCUGGGUAAGUAUUGCACACCUACAAUCCCAGACAAAAGUAGGAAGGUUGUACAACUUAACAUUAGUCCAUUUUAAUCCUCAAAAAAGAGACUUUUCUCUUUUGCUAAGUAUUCUCAAACACCUAGCCAAUUAGCUCUCAGAAAAGAAUUAGGAACCUUAUCGCAUUACUAUUACUUGGAUUAGAACAUUGCUUUCUUUGGAGAUUUUAAGGUCGGUACACACAUGCGUAAGAGGUUCCAGGAAACCUUUCCGCAAAAUUCCACAAGGGGAUUUCACUGAUGACUGCCGCUUAAACGCUAUUAGUAUUUUAGGAUCUUUUUAACAUUUUUACUUCAUUUUCAUUUGAGAUCAAUUGUUUAUAAUUGAAAUGAAUUUUUUUUUAAUUGAAAUGAUUUUUGUUUAAACGAAAUGAACAAGAGCUUAUGAAAUGAAAUGACUUGUAAAUAGUGCUUUGACUGAAUAUUUUUCUUCUCUUCUUCAGCGAAAUUAAUUGCAAAUAGGAUUUAAUAGUUAGUUUUGUUAUCAAUAAAAGGUUUUCUGUUUUUAUUAUUGUCAUUAUUAUUGUUAUUAUUAUAAAUUUUUAGUAAACCAAAUCUUUUAUUGAUAACAAAGCUAACUAUAAAAUCCUAUUUACAAUUUUAAAAUUUCACUUACAAACUAUUCAGUCAAAGCAUUAUUUACAAUUCCUUUCGAUUAAAAAAAAGACACUUAAUUUCGAUGGAAAAAAUUCAUUCCAUUAAAAAUAUAUAUAUUCGGAAAAAAGCACAAAUUAUUAUUAUUGUUAUUAUUAUUAUUAAAAAAAAAAAAGACACUUAAUUUCGAUGGAAAAAAUUAAUUCCAUUAAAAAUAUAUAUAUUCGGAAAAAAGCACAAAUUAUUAUUAUUAUUAUUAUUAUUAUUAUUAUUAUUAUUAUUAUUAUUGGGCUAGUUUUUUGUCAGGGUUUAAGUUUCAUUCAGCCUUUGACAAUCUCACUCAGCCUUCAACAUUGUUUUUCUUGGUCUGCCUCUUUUUUGUCUGCCUUAGUCACCCUGUCGCCUUCUUUGAAGUCCAAGAUUAUUACUGUACAUAAAAAUACAUUGGUGUGAAUUUUUUGCAGUUCAAUACUUGACAAACGUCUACGGUUAUCUCAACACGUGGCGUAAAAAUCCCCAGUGGUCGUUUUCGUGCUGUCUUGCCCUUCUUCUGCCUCUCAAUGAAAUACAGGGCGACGUGCAAGGAUUGAGUGGCAAAAGCCUCUUUCAACAACAGCUGCAAACUGGAAAAAUGGACAUGCCAACUAUGUCCAGCGCUCUAAAAGACAGCGGAACUAUUAAUUUCAGCCUUGAAGGAGACGAAGAAAAGCAACGUGGAGAAAAGAAUGAAAGCAAAUUGAAGCCCUUUAAAGGGAUAGAAAAUGUGCAAGACGACAUCGCCCUCACUGAAGUCACCAUUCAUGAAACGACAGCAGAGAAAUACGAUACAGCACUUUAA